AUGAAUCAAUGCCCUUCGGUGAAAACGCAGUUAAGAAGUUUCGAGCACGCGCUCCCACUUCAUCCUGACGUACAAAAGCAUUUAUUACCCAUAUACCAAGACCUAUCGAAGAAAGAUCUGCUGAAAAGAUGUGUCGGCGGUCAUACGCAAAAUGCCAAUGAAAGUUUUAAUUCUACCGUUUGGCGUUUGACACCAAAACACCUGAACUACGAGAUUAAUAUCAUUGAAAUCGCGGUUUUUAUAACUGCUAGUGUUUUCAAUGAAGGAUAUUGUGCCAUUUUAAAAAUGAUGAACAUAUUGCAAAUAAAAAUUGGACACGAGUGCAAAUUUUUGGCUGAUAAGUACAACGCCGCACGAGUAAAUCGCCAAGAGCGCCGCAGCCCCAGUAGUAGUAAAGAAGCUCGCUCUGCUCGCAGGGAAGAACAAUUAGAACAACAGCAGUUUUUUGAAGAAGCAGAAGGUUUGCUGUAUGGACCUGGAAUCGCAGAUUAG